UUUCCGCUUUAGUGUACGCUGCGUCGCCAUUUUCUUUUGUACCCUAAAAUAAAAAUAUCGUUGAGACGUUAGUUUUUCGAAAAUAGCAACAGUUUUUACGAAAAAUAGGCCAGUGAUGAAUUGUAGUGCGUAUACGAAGUGACUAAUCGUAAAAAUCGAUCACGGCUGUUGAACGGAACGGAAAAAUUGUCAUCGACUGACGUGUACUAGUUUCGCCUAUAUUCGACGAACAUCUUCAGGUAGAAGGACUGGAAAUUCGAAGUACAGGUCUUCCUGCCCACCACCCCAGGUGUCGCAUGCCCUAAACGCGCAUGCGCUUUGCCCACACGUGGACCACAUCCACAACACAAAAAUUAAUGCAACCAGUUGCGAAAGAACUGCCGAAGGAGGAGUAGGUGCUUGUUAGUUUCACCGCGUCGAAAGCACGUGAAUGAGCUUCUUGUGCGUCGGAACUGUUUACACUAAUAUGGAUCUUGCCUGUACCGAAAAAUCCACCGCUGCUACGUAUGCCCCCAAAGACCCGAACAUCUUCAACGAUUUUCGAGUCAUGAAACACUUGCUGAACGACGAAAUCUUGUAUACUCCACACACGAAUUACUUUCAGAAUGUGCAGAGCGAUGUGGAGCCCUUCAUGAGGAAAGUUGUGGCUACUUGGAUGUUGGAGGUCUGUGAGGAGCAAAUGUGUGAAGAUCAGAUUCUACCUUUGGCUGUUAACCUGAUGGAUCGUUUCCUCUGCGUAUGCGAUAUUAAGAGACAACAGUUGCAGCUCCUGGGGGCCACCUGCUUGCUUAUCGCCUCGAAAGUUAGAAGUACGAAUAUUUUACCGAUUGAUUUGCUUUGUGCCUACACGGACUACAGUGUCACUUUCGAAAUGAUGGUGAGUUGGGAACUGUUGGUUUUGUCGAAGUUGAAGUGGAACGUUGCCGCCAUUACCGGAUUUGAUUACAUCGAUCAGAUCAUCGAGAGGUGUUCGUGGGGCGGCGAAAGCAGUUUGCUCAGGAGGCACGCGCACACCCUCGUCUCCAUCUGUUAUACAGAACCGUCUCUUAUACAAACUCCUCCGUCUGCCAUAGCUGCGGCAUGUAUAUGUUCGGCAGUUCGAGGCUUGAAGUUGACGUCGGCGAGUGCCGCAACGAGUGAUGUUUGCUCAAUGCUGGGCUUGGAGUCAGAAACUUUGGAAUUUCUUGUGGGGUUAGUGGACACCGCCGUCGACAAAGUUGUGCCGAAAACCCCCGAGAAAACAACCAAGACAGUAGAAGAUUACGAAAGUCCUCAGUAUCCACAACCAGAAACGCCGACUGAAGUUGAAAACAUCUACUUCUAAUUUGUUGACGGUCAAUUUGUUUGUUUUAAAUGUUAGAUUUAAUUUUAUUGACGAAUUUUAGACAAGUUUGAAGUAAUGUUGUGUUGCAAGAUAACCAAAAAGACAGAAUUCAAACUGAUGUUGAAUUCUUGUAAAUUAUGAUCUCUUUUUUACCAGUAGUAUUGAAGAUUAAAUGUAGUUUAGAAUAAUGACUUCAUCAAGGCGGACGUUUUUGUGAAGGUUAAUGUUUGAUCUCAAAUUCAUAAAUAUUUAAAAUAGUAUAAAAUAGUGUAUGGAUGUGUACCACGGCGCGAUGAAAUGUAAAUUUGUGGGCAUCUCGUAUCUUUAAGGAACUCUACUGUGAUUCCAUCAAACCACUCUAAAAUUCUUUUAAAUUACUGGUACUUGUGGACGAAAAGCUUUUAAAAAAUUGUUUUUUUGGUUUACUUUUUUUUUUGGUUAUUGGUUUGUUAUCUAGUCUUUAGUUUUGUAUUCACGUUAGUUAAUUUUUUUUUUCACAUAUUUAUAGUAGCAUAAUAUACUCAAAUAGCAUUAUACUUUAUGUAUGUUGUAUUAUUACACAUUUACUAUGUAUUUAUUUUUAUCUUCUAAUAACUUAUUCUAAGACCAAAGUUUUUUUAAGUUGAGUACUUAAAGUGUUCAAUAUUAUUUUUUUAUAUGUAAUUUUUA